AUGUCGUACAAGUUCUGGAACCGGCCCACGGCGGGCACGACCGAGGUCCCUGUCGACAACUACACGUCCGACUCGGAGCCGUCAAUUCUUCACGAUGGCGACUUCGCCUACACUCGCGCCAAAGCUGGCAACGACUCCGGGGCAACGUACCAAGAGGCUGUGGGCGCCCCUGUUGAGGUCCGCUCGCCGUUGGGAUACAAUGUGGGCUGGGUAACUAUAAUAUUCCUCAAUGUCAACCAGAUGGUUGGCACCGGUAUCUUCUCGACGCCGGGAACUAUCUUGGGUAGCACCGGCUCCAUUGGCCUGGCCCUCUUCUACUGGGUCAUUGGGUUCAUCAUGGCAGCAGCCGGAUUAGCCGUUUACCUGGAGUUGGCCGCCUAUUUUCCCAACCGCAGCGGCUCCGAAACCGUUUAUCUCGAGCAGGCCUAUCCGCGCCCCAAGCACUUCUUCCCCAUUGCUUUCGCGGUCCAGUCUGUGAUUCUCUCUUUCAGCGCCAGCAAUGCUAUUGUCUUGUCCCGUUAUAUUUGGCGAAUCGCCGAGAAGACCCCCACGGACUGGGAAUCCAAGGGCGUGGCAGUCGCUGCUUAUACGUUGGCCGUCAUCUGCGUGAUCGCGAACAACAAGUUCUCACUAUGGGCGACUAACGUCCUGGGCGUCUUCAAAAUCGCGCUCCUCAUUGUCAUCUCGAUCACCGGCUUCGUGGUCCUCGGCGGCCACACGAGCGUGCCCAACCCGGGCGCGAACUUCGACAACGCGUUCGAGGGGACGACGACCAACGGGAACGACCUGUCCAGCGCCAUGGUCAAUAUCGCAUUCGCGUACUCGGGCUACCAGAACGCCUUCAACGUCGUCGCGGAGAUCAAGCGCCCGAUCCCGACCCUGAAGAAAUACGCCACCAUCUCUGUCCUGCUGGUUGCCGUGCUCUACAUGCUGUGCAACAUCGCUUACUUCGCGGCGGUUCCGAAGGAGAUGUUCGCGGCGUCCAAGGAGAUCGCAGCCGGCGUGUUCUUUACUGCUGUCUUUGGCUCACGGGGCUCCAAGGCGCUCAACGUGCUUGUGCUCUUGAGCGCGUUCGGCAACCUGCUUGCGGUUUUGAUUGGACAGUCCCGCCUCAUUCGAGAAAUCGGAAGACAAGGUGUAUUGCCUUGGACUCAAUUCUGGGUUUCUACGAGGCCUUUCGGCACCCCUAUUGGACCCUACUUGUUGAAAUGGGCUGUCACGUUCAUCAUGAUUGUUGGUCCUCCUGCAGGAGAUGCUUUCCAAUUCGGUGAGUCUGAAAAGCCCCACAUGUUUUCCGAGUCAUUCGAGACACUGACCCGUUAUGCAGUCGUGAGUUUGAAGACAUACCCGGACAGUAUGUUCCUCGUCGCGAUGACACUAGGCGUCUACAUCUUCCGAUACCGCUACAAACGAGUCGGUCGCGAGCGUGCAGAGUUCAAAGCCUGGGAUGUGGCUGUGAUCUUCUACCUGCUGACCAAUGUCUACCUGUUGGUGAUGCCGUGGUUCCCUCCAGAAGGGGGCCCAUAUGCUGGUGACGUUAGUUUCUGGUACGCCACGUAUUGUGUUGUGGGCAUUGGCAUCCUCAUCGUAUGUGGUCUUUACUACAUUGCUUGGAUGUAUGCCCUGCCCCGACUGGGCAAGUACGAAGUACGACCUGAGAUUCUCGUGGAUGUCGACAACAGGGGCGCUACAACUCACCGUCUGGUCCGCGUUCCACGCGACCAAGUCGCAGAGUGGGACGCGAAUCACGAUGAAGCUGGGAAUCUGAGGCAGAGGCGCGUGGACGUUCAUACUAGCCCCGACAGUGCUGAAAAGUUCGACAAGUCGGUGGUUUGA